ACCACCCCUGUGCGCGGUCGUCAACGUGCUUGCUCGCUGGCGGUGGUGACAACAGCGAAGCUCGAGCUGACUGGAGCCCACUGCAACGCAGACCAAAUGAGCAACCUCGAGCUGCCUCGUAAGCCCCGUAAACAGUUACAAGUCCAAGUUCCCCACACCUGCAGGUCCCGGCUCCGUUCGGGAUAUCACUCUGUCAGGGCGGGCGCCGGCACGGAGGGGGGGACAAUGGGGCAGUUCGCUGCUGCUGGCCGCCUUCUGCCGGGACACAGGCAGAAACCUGAGGGAGGCGGCCCGACACGGCCGGGGACAUCCCAGAUGGCGGACGGGGUCGCCCUACGAAGGAGGCAGCAGGCCGCCGUUGCCGCCUUAUUUCUUUCUUUAUUGCAAGCCCCAAUCAACCUGAACAUCAUCAUCCGAGUCCCGGGCGGGCUGAGCUGGUCCAUCGAGGAGGCUGCCGCCUAAGGUUAGCCAAGUCGAAAGAAACCCCAGCCCACCCCCAUCCAUCCAUCCAUCCAUCCAUCCAUCACAAACACAGACACACAAUCAAUCACACCCCCUGGGAACCACGCCGCCGGGGAGGCGGGCUGGCACUGUCGGUCGCCGUGUGGGAUUCGCGCGCUGCCAAUCUCACGCUUGGCGCGGGCCUGGACUCUGCCCGUGAGGCAAGGAUGCGUCUACACGGAGCCUGUGUCGCGUCGGAUGCCUCUCCCUGCCCCCAAUGACAAAUCUGUUCGCCAGCAGCAGCCGAGGAGCACACAUGCCAUACCUACAACACAUGUACCUCAAGCUAUUUAUGUGCAAUGGAAUCAAGACUCGUUCGGAGCGACGAGCCCCC